CGUGCAGGCACUCUCGAGCAAGCAGGGACCUCCGACGACGACUGCGCAAUGUGCAACAGUGCAUGCUGUGCAAAUUGUGGUUCAAGAAAUUACAGCUAGGCCGUUUCUCCUGUGGGAUCGUGGUGUUCUUCGUUCAAUCAUCUCUCCUCCGUCCCUUCGGAUCCUGCAUGGGGUGCAGUCUUUGGGGGAAACGGGAAUUGAGUUUGGAAGAAAUUUUGGAGUGGCAAUUGUGGUUCGCAGCUCACGCAAUCAGACAGGAGCAAAAAGAAGACCGCUGCACACUGAUGUCUCUUCAAAGAGCUGUUUACCUUGCAGCUCCACCUUUUGCUAGCCCUUUUGCAAGUAAGCAUUAGAGCUGGUAAAAUCGUAGGUGUCUGCCAAAAUGGGUACUCCAGUGGAGCCGUCCACACCACCCCCGGAGCCCAGCACUUCUCCCCCGAGCAGCAGUGCCAAAAUCUACCCCCCCUCGCCUCUGCUCAGGCACCGCAUGGCCGAGCUCCGUCAGUCUGCCACCUGUCAGGACGCUCUCUUCUCCCUCAACCAGAUCGUCAAGGAGAUGCAACCCUCCGCCGUCCCCCGCUUCCUGACUCACCUUCAGAGCGAGACGAGCAGCCCCCCCAGAAAGCCGUCGUACGCGCACCAUGCGAUCUCGCUCUACAUCAGCCUGGCGCGGGAGCACAAAGAGAAGCUCGUUCCGCAGAUACCCCGGGUGAUGAGGAAUCUGAUGCUGCAUUUGAAGACUCCCGGGGUCGUAGCGGGAACGGGGGGGUCGCCUGGCGGGGGCGGGGAGAGCUCGGUGCACCAGGCGUGCGCGCAGGUGGUGCUGGAGCUGGCGAGGAUUCCGGUGAACGGCGAGGCAGCUGGGACCCAGCUGCUGCAGGACAUAUGUAGCCCCCUGAUUGGCGCUCUCUCCAAGGGCGAGAACGGCCCACUCUAUGGAGCGUCCACUGAAUUGUUCGGCGCAGCGUACUGUCUCAAGGCUCUGGUGGACUGUUCGGACGUGUGGCAGCGCGCGUCGGACGGUCUGGUGGACGACGUCUGUAGCGAGACGGCGGAGGUGCUGCGAACGGAGGGGGCAGCGGUGUUCUUGCAGCUCGCGUGUUCGUUGGCCAGGUCAAACAUCGCCGUCUGCCAGCACUACGCCGACGACCUGCUCCAGGCCGCCGGCCAGGCCCUCCAAUGGCACGCCGCCAGCUGGCAGCAGCGCUUCGCGGCUGCUAAACUCUAUACGGAGGUCCUGUCGCGAGCGGACAGCGACGUGGUGGCGCCCCUCGGACCGUCCGCGCUGAAAGUGCUGGAGAGCGUCCGGGAUUCGGACCCGUCACCGUACGUCCGCGAGCAGGCUGUUGACGCGAUUCGCGCCCUUAAGGGCCGCUCCUUCCUUCGAGACUCCCAGCCCUCUUUCCGGGGGCCCAAAACGCCUGACGCUUCACCCCCCCGGCGGACUCCCAAAGCCUCCCCCCCCCGACGAACGCCUCCCGCGUCACCCCCCCUCACCGGAGCGCUUGCACCUGCCCGUCCCACUCCGAGUGCAGAGUCGCCAAAGCUUCCUCCAAAGCGCUCAAAAUUCGCUGACGUGGCAGCUGGUGACGUCAGCAGCUCGGAGCGUCCGAAGAAGCGCGCGCCGCCGGUGCUCGCGUCCGUAGAGUGGCCGUCCGGCGAGGGCGGCGGCCCGUUCGGGGGAUCCCCCAUCUACGAGCUUCCGGAGGAGGACGACGCUAGCCCACUGCUGACGGCACGAAGGGUGCCCCCAGCCGCGACGUCGCCGAGGGAUCCCCCCCAGGGUCUCCAGACUUUGACGGAGGACGGGGCUGCAGCAGAUUGGAGGAGAAACGCAAAGCUGAUGCAAUCGGCGGAGUGGCCGGCAGGGGGGCUGGGUUCCCCAGUUUAUGAGCCCGAGGACUUUGACCUGACUCCGCUUGGGGUGGCUGACGUGACAGGGGGGGCCCCCGGGGCCUUCCGGCCGGCGGCGCAGCUCGGCAGGACGCCCCUCAAGAAGUCGCCGCUCUCGGCGCCGAGCGGCGGCCCCGAACCCGCCACUCCGGAAACGACACCUGUCUUCGUCAUCGCAAGGACGCCGCCUCUCGUUGCCCGCAGCUUGGAAGGAGCAAACUCAUCGGGUGUCUCAACUGCGGGGGAGGUGCCGCAGAGUAGCCCGCCCCCCGAAAGAGGGUCGUUGAGUCCUCGGACCCUGGGUCCGGAACUGGGUUUAGCAAACCUUCUGACCGACAAUUUCUCAGGGGGAGAGGUUCUGCAGAGUGACCCGCCCCACGCUGGAGGGUCUCCGCUGAGUCCCCGAAGCCCGGGUCCGGAAUUGGGUUUGGCAAACCUGCUGAGUGACGAUACGGACGCUGGACAGGCGCUUCCGGACGUGGUGUUGUCCGUGUCCAAAAUUCCGCGGCCACCAUCGACCAGACGAGACUCUGGCGAUUCAAGCGACGGCCCUGAGAGCAGCCCCCCGCAUGCAGAAGCGGAGGCGCCGGCCCCGCUGACUGUCAACGUGCAAGGGGAACCACCAAGCCCCAGUUCUCCCGCCCACCAACCCCGCCCCGAAAACAGUCCCUCGCGCAUUCCCACCCCGAGUACCAUUCCGCGCCCCAAAGCCUCCGUAAUCGCGGGGAGCCACAUUCCACCCGCGCCCGCACAGGGCCUCUCCCCACGGCCCGAGAAGCAGCUCCAAGGGGAGGCCCUGUCAAAGCCGACGUCGCCAGGCGGUUUACAGGGCCUCUCGUCCCGGCCCGAGAAGCAGCUGCAACGGGAGGCCUUGUCACGGCCGCGGUCGCCCAGCGCAGAACUAGAGCGGGGGGCGAAGAAGAGGGCGCCGGGGGUGCUGCUGAAGAGAGAGAGCUUCGAGGAGCGGUUGCGACAGGUGGCGGAUCGGAGGGAGUCGGGGGGUUUGGGGGCUUUGGAACGACCGCGGCGAGCGAGCGCGGCCGGCCUGGAAGAAAUUGGUGCGGGGCGCGGGAAGGAGAAGGGUAACGGCAAUACUCGGCGGAAGUCGUCGAUAGGCCCUGCCGACUUCCUCGCCACGAGCCCCCGCCAAAUGAUCCGCCGCCUUACCUCCGAGUCCCCCGCCUCCGCUAAAACCUCCCCGAGCACAACGCCCAAGAGCGUUUUGACAUUCAACACGCCCGGAGCACGUUUACCGGGCUCGACUUUAGCCCCCGAAAGCUCGGCUUAUACACCACCAGAAACACCCGGGGCAGAAGCGGGAACUGAGAACCGGCUGGACGGCGAAACGGGCCAAAGUGAGAGCGGUGGGAAUGAGCCUAGUGUGGAUGGGGACGCUGGAGCUAAAGAUGGUGUGAAUGGGGACGGUGGAAAUGCACUCGAAAUGGACAAGGAGAUCGACGAAGAUCUGGUGUCGAUGGAGAGCCCGGGGACUGGUUCCGACACGUGGGCUAAAGAAGGUGGGGUCUCUGGGGCUGGUGACGUCCUGGUGACGUCAUCGAGGCGGGAGAGCGCGAAUGGGGGUGGGGCGGCGGGGAGGUACAGUUUCGGGGAGGACAGCGGUAGCGAUACGGAGGCGCCAAAAGGGACGAGAGAAGAUACUGAGGGGAGGGGACACGUGGAGGAUGCUCAGCCGUUGAUUGCUUUCGGGAGCGGGGUGCUGGAAGAGGGGUCUGGGGAGACCAGCCUGGGAGAAGGACACGUGGAGCGUUCUGGGCCACAGGUCGUGGGCGCACGUUUUGCGAAGCUUCUAGAUCAGGCGAACACAGAAGCAGCGAACGAGACCGGAAAGAAGGUUCAAGAAGGCAUUAAAGCAGAAGCCUUCGAGUCAGAGCGCUCGAAAGCAGAGCCUCCAACCAUCCCCUCAGGUGCGAGCCCCUCGAAAGCCUCCAGAGAUGAGGAUCUGCACAGGAAAGAGGAUGAGCAGUCUCCAGCAGCGCAUUCCGGUGGAAGUCCGGACCGGAACGAAGAGUGGCGCGUGCACGAGAACCCGAUCGCGGCGCCGGACGCCGGACGCGCGAGCCUGUCCCCGGGCUGGGAAGCGUCCGAAACGACGUUUGACAAAGAGACGCUGCGCCGGAUGAGUGCCGGAGAGGUGUCGAGCCCGGCGCCGCCCGAGGGUUUGGGGGUUUGGGUUAGGGGGGACCGCGAGGAGGGUUUGGGUUUGGAAGCGAGGUUAAGCGAGGGUUCUGAAGAGCGAGAGGCAACGGUUCCAGAAGGGAGAAUUGGCGAGGUCUCUGACGAGGGUGUGGGGGUGUGGGGGGACGCGCGGGGGAGUGGCAAGGAGGUAUUGUGUUUGGAGGCGAGGUUAAGGGAGGGUUCUGAGGAGCGCGAGGCAUCGGUUCCAGGAGGAAGAAGUGGCGAGGUUUCUGAAGAGGGUUUGGAGAUUUGUGCGAACGUGGGGGCAAACCGGGAAGAGGGUUUCGAGAAUUUCGAGGGUUUGGAGGCGAGCUUAAGCGAGGGUUCUAAGCAGCACGAGACAUCAGCCUCAGAAGAGACGAGAGACGAGGUUUCUGAAGAGCAGGAAGGGCUUGAGUCGGAGGAGAAAGGAGGGAGUGGACGCGGAGAGGAGAAAGCGUCUGGGGUUCGAGUGGUGGAAGCCAAAGAGGGUUUGGAGAACGAGGCGGGUUUGGAAGAACCGAAGGGAGCGCAGUCCUGGUCCGGACCGGCUGCUGAGGUGUCCGAUUCGGAAAGUCCUGAGCGUAGCGGAGUUCCGAACGAUGCUGAUCGGGACGGAAGUCCGGAAGCUGCUGAAGGGAGCGGAGCUCGAGACAUACGGAACGAGGAGUCGAAGGAACGGACAGCGGAAGGUGAGGAGAAGCGCAAUACGGAAAUGGAGGGCGGAAUUGAAGAGGAAUCUGAAGCUGGGGCGCCCCAGGCCGAUGAGGAGAAUCGGGGCGCGAAAGAGGAGGCAGUUGGAGAGGUUCCUGCGAAACUAGUGCGGGGGGAGUUUUACCAGGUUCAGGACGGCAGCGCAGUAGGAAGGGGGCCCGAGGACAAACCAGCUCUGGAGGGUGGGCGAGAGAGGGAAGAGGAAGCAGAUUCGAAGAAUCAAACGUCGCGAAGUGGAACAGAAGUGGUCGGGGAGACGAGUGACGUUACCACAGAAGGCGAGAGUCCGAACGGUCAGCCUUCAACGGUUUCUUCGGACGUCCGAACGGCUGAUUGUGUCAACAAAUCAGCGGAGGAAAAGUCAAAGGAUGCGCCACGUGUCGAGUCUCGGGAAGAAGAGAAGAGCACGUCUGCGAGCAGUGAAAUGAUGGGUGCGUCCCCGCCCAAGGUUAAGAAGCGGGUCACGUUCUCAGAGCAUAACCAGUACCAGAUGAUUGAGCCGAACCCACCGCCGGAAGAACGAGCGCUUAUGCGGAGCGACGCUCCUGAGAGAUUACGUUUGAGGGAUUGGGUUAGAUUUGCAGGUAGGGCGGCCGAGAAAGGGGUUAGGAACACGGUUAUCGCGAUUGCGGCAGCUGAGGUAGGAACGGUUAUGUGGGUGGUUACGAGGGGUUUGUGGGAAGCGUACUGUGCGCCGACGAUCAACGUCCCUCUACCAUCUUGAUGGAGGUGCACCGUCGUGACGCGCUUUGUCCUACAAGGGCGGACUUUGUUGUUUGUACACUAGAGGUCUCGUUAUCAACAAAGGUUCAAUCUGGGAGGUGGUUCUGAACUUCUUUCCAUCUCUGCUGGAGGCACUGCGGGGU